UUCAAACUCUGAUGAUCUUAUGCCAUACAAGACGUUCAUCGAGUAUAAAUGCCCAGAUCGAUAUACAUUGGUAAAUUUUGAAACUGGAGAAGCUCAAACGACUGUGAUUGAAUGCGUAGGAAUGAAUGAAACUACUCAAUCGCACAAAGGGUGGACAGGAAAUGGUGUCAGAUGCGAUAUGACGGUGGAGUUUAUGGUCGCGAUAAUCAUGGCCGCAGUAAGCAGUGUAAUAAUAGUUCUGGUUGCAGGAGGCUUCAUCGUUUCGUGGACAAACAAAAUGAAAAAGAAAAAACAAGAUGAAAACAGCGACAAUGAUACUGAUAUAUUAAAUUUCCCAGGCUAAUAAAAUGAAAAUAAAAAAAUAAAAUGUUUCUUUUACUAGUAUAUAAUAAAUUGAAGUUUUGUUUGUAUCAAUUACGAAGCAUUGUAAAGAGUUGACUCGUGCUUUUUCUUUUUUUCGGAAACCUAUUUUUUUGAGAUUUCUCACAAUAUGUCAACGAACAUGUUAUAUAAAUGGGGAUUCCAAUAAAACCCAGCCAAUUUAUUUGAAUCCGAUAAUAUUAGAUAGAGUAACAGAAUAUUCUUCAAAUUGAUAUAUUGAGUCGUAUUUCCCUCAUAUGAAUCUCUUCUGUCCUAACAAUGAUCCAAUAUCUUCAAAUAAUAUAAUGUCAACGACUCUGAUGGCGAAUGUUCUCAAUUUGAUAGUUAUUUUUUUAUGUUGAAAUUGCGUGUGAACGGCAAUGUCUUCUAUUAUAUUCGUGCAAUGUUUUUAUUACAUUUCUUUUUAUUAUCACUGA